GGGGAAAGGCAGAGAGUCUUAGAAAAGCUCAGUGUUUGAGUUCUCUGUGUCAGUGUGGAAUAUAACCCCAAUUUAUGGUGGAAUUAUGGCGCAGAAUGAAACACAUCCAAUUUUGGAGAUACUCCAGUCGUUUAAUCUACGCGACAUGAUUCUUGCCUUCUGUCUGUCUGUUCUUGUGGGAUUGCUUCUGGGAGCUCUAGUCUACGUUCUGCUGACCUGGGCGUCCAGACGCCAGGCCAGUGCCAGGAUCACCAGACGCUCCAAAAAGAGAUCUUCACCAUCACAAGACCCCUCUGGGGGCCAGCUGGGCCUUUACAGGAGCACAUUUCUGAGCGUCUACAGGCAGCCUUCUCUGGAGCCAGUGGGCCCUCUGGGGAUUAAGCCCGGCAUAGAGACCUCCACCUUUCGCCCAGUGGCUAAGAGGAGCAGGCCGAGCCUAGAGGGGAUGGGAGAGGACACUCAGGUUAACUUAUCUGAGGACACGGCUGCCUCGAACUCAGAUUCAGCAUCCCUGGUGCCAAACAAGAGGCAUUCCUUCUGGUUGGGCAGCAACGCACUUAAAGGAUUCCUGCCCUCACAGACUCCCCCUCCUGCAUACGACAGCGUCAUCCACGCUUUUGAGGAGACCUGCACUUGAAUCUGUCAGCAAGAACCAAAUACAGAGAACUCUCUGGGACUACACAAGACUCUCUAGCAGGGUUCUGCUCUUGAAAAGGGGCAGGUUUUUUAUAUCACACCUUUUUAUGACAUUGCCCAGACCAAAGUAAUCAACUGAUAAAGAAGCUCUCAUAGCUGUAAAGCCUCAUCAGCUCAGUAUUAAAGCUCCUGUGAGGAGUUUUUAACCAGUUAUGGAACAGAAUUAAGGUAAUGUUCAUGUCUCUUUAAGGCCUAGAAAAGCAAAAAAGACCAUCAGCCAAAGGUUGAUGGUUAAAGUUUUUACAAAGUUCAAAACCUCUGCUGCAGGGUUUGUGUCAGGAGAAGUGAUUAACAGUACACCGAUGCCACUUUUACACCAAAUAUGUAUCAGUGAGUGAUGCAUUUGUCUGUUAUAUUAAAGACCCUGUAAAGUAAAAAUUAAUCUGUAUUUAUUUUCGUAUGAUAGAUCACUGUGUUAUGAACCCCCAGGUCAAAUUUCAGUCAAAUAAAGCAUCUUCAAGUUUAUAAAAUUAAGC